AUGGACUCUCAGAGGCUCCGGUACUCAAAUGAGCCUCCUGGAUCCACGUCUCUUCGAUUAGCCAUCUGCAAGCUGGCAUUUCUGAGCGAGGGACUUUUCAAAACAGGCUGCUCAAGUUUCUUGGCCAAUAAUAGGCGCCGGGUUCUGUGCGGUGGGAACGAGUACCACCAACCCCAGCAGGAGACCAAGCAGAAAUCACCAUGGGAGUGCAAGCUAAGAAAGGGCAAAAGAAGAAAGAGAAGGGCAGAAAAACGAAACAAAAUGAAACCACUCAGGCAGCGACUUAUAGUCUUAAAGAGAGAAUUCCCGGAAGGGAGACAAGGCAGUUUCUUUUCCUGUGUGACAAUAAAAGACGGUAAACAAGCCUCCAGAAGCUCAUUCAGCCCCCAUAUAACUUUUUCGAGAAAGAAAAGGUGCCGUUCUUCCGAGCCCUCCGGCUUAACUACUGCUUCGGGGCUGACUGAUUUCCUACGUCUGAGAACUGCCAAAAAAUUAGCAGUAUCUGUUCUGAAGGCUGCAGGCUCUCUCCCCGCCCCCGCGGGGCGGCGCGCACUCACCCACUCGCGCCGGAGCGGACCUUUGGCUUGGCUUGUCAGGGCUUGUCCAGAAGUUCCGCUCCACUCUCCAACCGGAGUCCCCCUCUAG